AUGUACCUCUUGACAAACGUAGACGAACACCGCUACGCCGCCCCGGCGGGCGGUGUUGUUCCAUAUGUCAUCGACAUCUUCCCCCUCAAUGCCGGCCUCGCCGCCAUAGCGACGGACCAAUCGCUAUCAUUGUUUGACCCCUCAGCGCUGAGCGGCAAGGGCGCCAUACGCACCUUGCGCACUCCCCACGCCAACAUCACCGUCGCUGCCCCCUUCGAUCAAGCCCAGUCGACCGUGUGUACGGCGGGGUCCGACGGGACCGUGGCCAUCUGGGAUUUGAGGGUGGGUGCUGCCCAGGUUACUCGACAGAUAGGAACGGCUCCGACAAGCAUUGGUUCACUGGCGUGUUGUUCCGGUGCCAACAUGGUUGCUGUUGGAACCGAAUAUGAGAACAACCAAGCUUCCAUUAUCAUCUGGGACAUACGGACACAGUCGGCCCCCGUGAUCCAAUAUAAUGAAGUCCACAGCGACGACAUCACCGAGUUAAACUUCCACCCAGCCGACAGCCACACGCUGCUGUCCGGCUCAACCGACGGCCUCGUAAACGUCUACGACCUCCGGGUCACAGACGAGGACGAGGUCAUAGUCCAGACCCUGAACCAUGGCGCCUCGGUCCACCACGCCGGCUUCCUGAACCGCACCGAGGUCUUUGCCCUCUCACAUGACGAGAAGCUUGCCUUCUUCGACCUCGCAGAGGAGCAGGACAAAGGCAUCGCCACUGCGGACUUUGGGGACAUGCGCCAGGUUACCCAGUGUCAGUACAUCGCCAACGUGCUGCCCAAGGCCGAUCCGAGCGGUGCUUCUGGUGCCGUGUUGGGGGCUGGUCUGCUUGACCAGGAGAAAUUUGAGCUGUUGCACUUCUCCAAAGGGGCAAGCUGGAACUUUGACACCAAUUCCUCCGUAGGGCUGCCCGGAGCUCAUGGCUCCGAAGUCGUGCGAGCAUUCCGUGUUUUCGAUGCAGAGCGUGUCGUCUUCACCGCAGGCGAGGAUGGCCGGAUCAAGGCUUGGAGACCGGGCUCAUAA